CGUGGCUCCACCCACCUCCACCCAACCAACAACAACGCCAUCUGCACGUCCAGUCAAUUUGGGACUGCGUACGUUAUGAAGAAAAAAAACGACACGAAUAGCAGACAGGCUUCUCCUUCUGCAUAUGUGGGUAUUAUUUGGAAAUGAUUGCGGUUUAGCUGAUCCCUAUCAUGCGUGGUAGCAACUAAUACAAGUGCGUCCGUUCAAAAAGCACUCGCAUUAACCCCCCCCCCCCAAAUAGUUAUAUACUAAAAGCUCGAUGGAUCCUGAAGACCCCUCUAAUCUCAUGUGGUAUGUAACCACUGAUACUGAGUAUUUCAUUUUUUACAUUAAGUGUGGAGAAAACUUGCGAGCAUGUCGCCUACUACGUCACGUAUCUGACAUUACAAUCACACGAUCAGCAGUUAACCAAUAAUAUGAGGGCCGAUCGGGGUGUCAACGCUCUACUAGUUUUGCCUGUAUUUCAAAAUAAGAGCGCAGUGCUCCUCAAGAUAACGUCAUCCAGCGUUUUAACAAAUCUCUCCUCGCUGAAUGAAACUAGCUGACUGGGAAUAAACAGGAUUACAUGAGCUGGAUAACAGCAGGUUAGACUAUGGAUUUAUGAAUAGAGAGAUCAUUUGCAGAACAGGACCUACAGGUCAUAAGCCGUUUUGGGGAAGUUGCUACGCAUCAGGGAAGCACAGGAUGGUUGGUUUGUGCACAGGUGCGAUAGUAUAUAGUAUUUAGUAUCUGAAUAUCAUGUCAGCACUAUUAUUAGAUGAUAGAUCACUAUGAUUAGAUUUACUUAGGUUAACCCUUUGUCUGGGUCGUUUAAAACUCCUGCAAACCCAAAUAAAGGGGGACUAAAUACUUUCUGGUUAAACCAGUAUGCGGUCUCUAUGACUCUAGCUGGGUCACAUUGAGGUUAAAACAUCGGGAUUAGCUGCUAAACAUGCGCACAACACCCAACACCGCCGUUGAACCCCCCAAGCUCAUUAUGUAAAGUAAAUCCCUAUAGUCAGAUCUUCUUGUGUACAUCCGACCUAAAGCAGGAGUGAGUGAUCUAAGUGGUUCAACCAGCCGACUCCGUUGUAUCCAUGUAGGUCGACCUAUUACAGUGCAGCCUCACGCCAAAAUAACGUUAAUGCAACCGCGUGUCCAUCCCGCAUGUCUUCCUCAUGCGUUUACGCCCGGCAAAAACAGAUGGUUUACUCACAUAAUCCAACUUUGGCAUGAUGGUUCUGCAUCCCCCCAUUUUAAAUUUGAACAGGUUGAAUAUCUCUUCCGGGUGGCCGAGUGACUUCAGGAUGUCCAUGUCGCUCCGGGGGGGGGGCUGUCGGCUGUUACUCUGACAAAACUGGCGUGUAAACCCGGAGAGAGAUGUUUCCCAUCCGAGCGAGGCGUCGCGGAGAUACAGCGAGCUGCGGCGGGACCACGGAAGGAGGGCGGCUUUCCAGUCUGAGAAGUCGUCAGAUCAAGCGACGCUUCCGAUUGGCUGCCGGGCCAUGGGCACAGGGAGCGGCGUCCAAUGGGUGACCAGAGCGUCUGGUGUGAUGGCCCGCCUAAGCGGACGGUCGGUGCAGCGCGGUUUCUGAUUGGUCCGUUGUUCAUCCUUGAGGGAAACCAUACCUGCUCAUCGAAUUUAUGUAAUCGUGGGACUGUGAGGCUCCCUGUGUGGUCAAACACUUACAUUAUUUUACUGCUCUUACCUUCGCUUUAUUUUGUGCAUUAGAAUGAGUAAAAUUAAUUUCUUUGUAUAUUGUGUCUGGUCUGACUGUGCUCAUCCGUUUAUGCCAUUUUGUCCAGCAUGGAGGCAGGUUAUCAUUUUUAUGAUUAUUCAUUUAAUCCAUAAUAUGAAAGGGUUGUGGUAGGAUACACUUUUUAGAUCCAAUGCAGGAAAAUGGAAAUAUGUUUGCAAUAAAAGAGGAUAUGGAUUGUUUAUAUAAGUAACUAAGUGAGUAAGAGUACAAUCCAUUACGUAAUGGGUUACUAUGAUAAUCCACUCAACACACAAUUACAUAAAAGUACAAAAUAUACUAUUUCCAGUGAAAGUUGAAGAGAAAGCUGCAGUCUGGUGUAUGUGUGUCCGUGUGUGUGUCCGUGUGUGUGUCCGUGUGUGUGUGUGUGUGUGUGUGUGUGUGUGUAUGUGUGUGUCUGUGUGUGUGUGUGUGUGUGUGUGUGUGUGUGUGUGUGUGUGAGUGUGUGUGAAGGCCUGCAGCAAAAAAAGUAAGUUUAUUAGCUCCAAAAAUCUCUCUCUCUCUCUCUCCCUCCCUCUUUGGCAGCACAUUUUAGAACUUGAGGAAUGCCAAAGCCAGUGAGAUUGAUUAUCUACGCACCGUGAAGGCCAUGAUACUAUUUCCUUGCGGUCCAUCCGAUAUUUAUUGAGAAAUUUUAUGAAAAAUUAAAUCAAAUGUUAUACUCUUUAUUGUAGCAUUUAAGAUUAGAAACAAACAAUGACCCGAAGGCAAGGAUAAGCUACACAAGAAGAGUACCGCACAGUUCCUGUCAAACACGCUCCUCAGCAUGGCUGUUUGUAGCGAACCCUCCUCAUAUAAUUCACCUUAAAGCCACACCGUCUGUACAUGUUUUACUUCUCAUGAGCCAUGUGAAAGCACAGAGGCGAUGACAGUGUGAUGUUGCCAUAGGCUGGAUAUCAGGAUGGCUGUAGUAUUCUCCCAGAUUGCCUCUUUUGACUUUAUCAGUUAAAAAUCAUCUUAAUGAUUUACUAGAUGUCAUUUUGUCUCACCCAGCCAAAACCGGACUUUCCUGUUUUCAUCCCUCUGGCAAUAUUUGACAUUUACCCAGGUUUUAUUGUUGCACUCAUACUUCACUGAUCACCUUAGGUUUUGAACUUGUUGCGAUCUUCCGCCACCCUCCAAAUCAGUGUGUGUGUGUGUGUGUGUGUGUGUGUGUGUGUGUGUGUGAGUGUGAGGUGUCACAGCUUCCAUGGAGGCACCUGAUCGACAGGGGAUCACUACAUGGCCUUGAGCGUUACUAAGAGGAGGAGCUGAGUGCUGAAAGUCAUAAACUCUCAAGCAGAUCCAGGUAAACGCGUCUCAGAGCUUUUAUUUCAGUAGACCGGAGAGCAUUGGUUCAUCUACCAACUGACCGCCCAAGAGAAAGGAGGAGGCACAUUUCCAUUUAAUUAGAUUCUUGAAAUACCAGGGCGAGGGACUCCGGUUUGAACUUCCCAUGUCGGGCCGUAAACGACCUCUGUUUAAUGGAAACGAAAAGCAGCCGUGUUUGGAAAGUCCUGAACCUCUGCGGCGGAGAUGUGAGAGCGACUCAACGCCACAGCGUGCCGGACUGAAGCCCCUGGCUCACAGGGCGAGCUGCACGGGGGACACCCGUGGGCACGCGGGCACGACUGGGCUGCGGAACAGCUGGAGCCUCUGGGAGCAGAUGUGCUCCUGGGCCGACGCGCGGCACUCGGCGAACAAAGUGUCGCAGCAUCUCAAGUCCGGCCGAGCCAACGACGACGUCUGCCUCGACGAGACGGUCAACGAGAAAUUUCGGGAGUUUCACCGCGACGUCACCGAGGAAAGUGGCGCCCGCUUCAAUCAGCAGCAGCAGCAGCACGCGUGGGCCGUGAUCGAGACCCGCGAGGAGGUUGUCAUGCAUGGACCGUAUUACCCGAACUACAACAAGGGAGAACACAGCGAGGACGUCGUCAUCGAGCAGACGCAGGAACUCCUGGAGGCCCGCUCCGCCUCGGAGGACACCACCGUGUACGUUUUCACCGUGAACAGCCCGUGCUUGGCCCGAGACGCGGGCGCGGACGCGGGCGCGUGCAUGCUGAACCUGGUCCACAAAGCGCACGAGUGGUGGAGCGGGUACGGCGUAAAGACUCGCGUUGGCUAUUUGAGAUGCUGGGGAUUCAAAGGAACUAAAGAGCAGCUGUUCAGGGGUGUGGACCGCGGCCAAGUGGACUGCGUGGAUCAGAGCGAGGACCACGCGGGCUACGUCAGAGCCGCUGAAAAGGCUGGCAUGAAUCCCCUGAGUGAAGGCGUGUUCGCUGCCGUGAAACACACCCUGCUGACAUCUGCCGCUUUUGCCCCGAGACACAUUGCGCAGGGGCGAGACUGGAAGAGUUACUUUACAAAUAUGCAGAGCAUUUUUGAAAGUGUGCCAGAAGAGGAGAAAGAAAUCUGCACGCGGGAGGCAAACGCCGUGAUGGAAGCUGCACGGGUUCUGCUUUCAGAAAGAGGGGACAGUUUUGAGGAAUAUUUAGAGAGAGGAUGUGCGUUCGCUCUUGAUUACACGUUCAGCUCGCAGUUAUCUGCGAGCCUGCAGGCCCAAAUAAGACUCAGGUUCCAACAGUGCUGGAAGGAGAUGGUGAAGGACAAAUAUGCAGAGUUCAUCCGGGAGAAGCUGACCGAAGACUUCAACCAACGCACCGUCCAGCUUUUCAUCAAGGAUAUCGCGAUGUUCACUAAAGAAUACUUGGAAAUUGGAAGGAUACAGAUUUCAGAAGAAGCUCCACAGGUUGACCUUGAGGUGGAGUGAAUGGCAUCAGACAUUUGCAUCAUGUCAAAAUGCUUUGUCUUUAUUAGGUUCCUCUGUAGAGAUACAGUUGCACACAGAGGCAUCAGUGCAGAAGGUCCACAAGUCUUCGCUUACAACACAACAAAAAUGGUGACCUACAAUUAUACUGGAGUGGAUUGUUUUUUUGUGUUUUUUUUUACAUAUAUGCUCAUAUAUCUGUUGGUACAUGUGUCGAUCCCACGUUUACACACGCCGCCCUAUGAUUGUCACAAGCAAAGCAAAGCGAUGGGUAUUAAUAACGAUCUGUACAGUCUGAUGCAGCACAUCAACAAGUCCCACAACCCUCAGCUAGUAGAUGAUAGGUAGAUGACUGAGGGGUCAUUUAAUAAUAAUAAAUACUGGGGGGGGGGGGUUGAAGAUGUUUAAGCCGUCUUAUGGAUGCACAUCUGCUCUUGUGGUCAGCAGAGGGCGCUGUAUGUACAUUUACUUCCACCCACAUUCAUCAUGCUCGCUGUAUAGGUAGUUUUACACGUAUUUUUUUCCAGAGAGGUGUCAAUACUGACUUGGUGUGUUUUUUACAUUUUAAAUAUAAAAAAGGCACAUAGUUCAGGACUGAUCCAGGAACAGAAGGCCAACAGGGAAUUCUUUGUAACGCGUUGGAAAUUAUGUUUACUGAAGUUUAUAUUUCUGGUGCUGAGGAGUGAGGAGUGUUUUGAGGAAUUCUUUCUAAAUUACAGUAAGUUUGAUUAGCUGUUCUUUGUACAAUUAGAUGAAAUUGUAACUGUUCUUUGCAAUCGUUGGUAUCACAUUUAAGUGACUGUAAUCACUGUGUUAAUUUGGGGAGCGUGCAAAGAGUCAGUUAAACCCAUG